AUGGCACCGGGCACCGGCACCGGUACCGGCAGCAGCACCAGCACCGGCAGCGGGGACCGGCGGCUCCUCCGGCCGCCCCGGCUCCUCCUCACCCCGGGUCCCGCGCCGCCCCGGUACCGACCCGCAGGGAUCCCGCUCCGCCCCGGUACCGACCCGCGGGGAUCCCGCUCCGCCCCAGUACGGGCCCGCGGGGUCCGGGCCAUGCCGGGGUCCCGGUGCCCGCUGCCGGCGCUGCCGGUGCUGCGCUGGCUCCCGCGGUACUCCCGGGCCUGGCUGCCGCUGGACGUGCUGGCCGGGCUGGCCGUGGGCCUGACCGCCGUGCCCCAGGCUCUGGCCUACGCCGAGCUGGCCGGGCUGCCGCUGCAGUACGGCCUCUACUCCUCCUUCAUGGGCUGCUUCGCGUACUGCCUGCUGGGCACGGCCAAGGACGUGACGCUGGGUCCCACGGCCAUCAUGUCCCUGCUGGUGUCCUCGUACGCCUUCCAGCAGCCCGCCUACGCCGUCCUGCUCGCCUUCCUCUCGGGCUGCAUUCAGCUGGCCAUGGGGCUCCUGCGCCUCGGGUUCCUUCUGGAUUUCAUUUCCUGCCCGGUCAUUAAGGGGUUUACCUCAGCUGCUUCCAUCACCAUCAGCUUCAACCAGGUCAAGAACAUCCUGGGGCUGCAGGGCAUCCCGAGGCAGUUCUUCCUGCAGCUCUACGAGACGCUGAGGAGGACUGGGGAGACCAGGGCUGGGGACGUGCUGCUGGGGCUGAGCUGCCUGGCAGCGCUGGCAGGGCUGCGGGCCAUGAAGAGCCACCUGCCCCAGGCUGUCCCCACGGCUCCGCUGGCCAUCAGGAUCAGCCACCUGAUUGUGUGGAUCUGUGCCACAGCACGCAAUGCCCUCGUGGUCCUGUUUGCUGGCCUGGUGGCUUACUCCUUCCAGGUGAUGGGCUGCCAGCCCUUCAGGCUCACGGGCAGCAUCCCCCAGGGGCUGCCACCCUUCCGGCCACCACCCUUCUCCCUGGCAGUGCCCAACGGCACCAUCCCCUUCCCCAGCAUGCUGCAGGACAUGGGCGUCGGGCUGGCCGUGGUGCCGCUCAUGGGGCUGCUGGAGAGCGUGGCCAUCGCCAAGGCUUUUGCCUCACAGAACGGCUACAGGAUUGACCCCAACCAGGAGCUGCUGGCUCUGGGUGUUGCCAACGUCCUGGGCUCCUUCGUCUCCUCGUACCCCGUCACGGGCAGCUUUGGCCGGACGGCAGUGAAUGCCCAGUCAGGGGUCUGCACCCCCGCAGGAGGGCUCGUCACAGGUGCCCUGGUCCUGCUGUCCCUGGCAUACCUGACCUCUCUGUUCUAUUACAUCCCCAAGGCAGCGCUGGCUGCUGUCAUCAUCUCGGCCGUGGUGCCCAUGUUCGACGCUGGCAUCUUCUGGAGGCUCUGGCGGGUUCAGAGGCUGGACCUUGUGCCCCUGUGUGUGACCUUCCUGCUGUGUUUCUGGGAGGUGCAGUAUGGAAUCGUGGCUGGGGUGCUGGUUUCUGGGCUUCUCCUGCUCCGCUCCAUUGCCAGGCCCCCAAUAAAGGUGUCAGAGGGGGCCGUGCUGCUGGUGCAGCUGGGGAGCAGCCUGCACUUCCCAGCCGUGGAGCACCUGAGGAGCUCGGUGUGCAGCCGUGCUCUGGCAGCAGCAUCCCCAGCUCGCCCUGUGCUGCUGGACUGCAGCCACGUCAGCAGCAUCGAUUACACAGCAGUGCUGGGGCUGGCAGAGCUGCUGCAGGAGCUGCACAGGCACGGCCUCCCACUGGCCUUCUGUGCCCUGCAGGAGCCCGUUCUCCAAGUCCUCCUGUCUGCAGACAUAGAAGGAUUCCAGCAUUUCCCCAGCAGGGAGGAGGCAGGGGAGGCUCUGGCUGCUCUGCCAGGAUGGGAGCGGUGCAGGGAGCUGGGGGGCAGCAGGGCAGAGCCCCCCACCAGCCCUGCCCAGAGCACCGGGCUCAUCCAGUGACACCAGUACGUCCUGUGCCACCCCAGUGACACCAGCACCAUCCCUGGGAGCCAGCUGGGCACGGGGCUGGGCUGUCCCCACGGCGAGAUGGACAGAGCAGCGCCAGCCCAGCCCCACACGGGCUGUGGGACACAACUGUUCCCUGUCACAGUGACCAGUGCAAAGCCACCCUCCCUGCAGGGAGCUGCUGGCAUUUUUAAAACUACUGUUUUAAUUCUGGGCCUUUUCCACAUUCUGGGCUGCUCCAGUGGUGACACAGGGGGAGCUCUCAAAGUUUUCAGGGCUGCUGUGCUGCCCUCCAAGUGCCAUGGGCUUGGCCUCCAGCUCUGGGAGAGGGAGAACGCCUGGGAUUGUGCUCCUUACUGAUUUUUAUCCUUCCUUGCCUUUUUUAUCCUUCUCUUGCUGUGGGGUGUUGUGCCAAACGCUGCCCUGGGUCAGGGCUGGGCUCACCCUGGAGUGCAGCCCCUGGCCUGGGCCCUGCCGAGGGGACAGGCACGGUGCCACCAGGCUGUGCCAUGGGGACAGCGCCUGGUGGGGCUGGGCAGGGUCGGGAAUUCAGUUCCCCAAACGGCCCUCGGGACAUCGAGGGUGCAAUAAAUCAGAAACUGCUAAUGA